AUGGAGGUGUCAUUUAAGGUGCUUGAAUUAAUAUCACGGAGCCUUGGUUUACCUAGCAAGCACCUCAAUGAGUUUUUUAAAGAUGAUAUGAGCAUUUCAUGGCUAAAUAGUUACCCAGAAUGCCUUAAGCCAGAGCUAGCACUGGGUAUACGAGGACAUAGGGACGUUGGAGCCCUCACUCUAAUUUACCAUGAUGAGGUUGGUGGAUUGGAGAUGAAGUGCAAGGAAAACGGGCAGUGGGUUCCAGCUCCACCCAUGCCCAACUCUUUUGUCCUCAAUGUUGCCGACUGCAUGCAGGUGUUGACGAAUGAUAAGUAUGAGAGCGUGGAACAUAGAGCUAUGGUGAAUGACACCCGAAGACGGCUCUCCAUUCCACUUUUCUUAAUUCCAUCCCAUUAUGUGAUGAUAAAACCUCUGGAUGAAUUGGCAUGUGGAGUCCUCAGCAGUGUUGUGGACAUUAAAGACAAACGAAGCAACAUCAAAAUGAGUAUAAACUUGGUUGAACAUGGCCUUGCCAAGUGUGGUCUUGCCAAUAGCACUAAUAUCGAGUAUCCUAGAUUUAAGCAAACCUCCCUCUGA